UUUAUAUAAAAUCCAAAACCUCAGCGACUUUCUCCCAGACAAAGUUGAACCGAGUAAAGGAGCUGCUAGGGUUUCUCUAUCUACUCGGCAUUAGCUUAGAUCAAAGAAUGUCUCGUGUGUACGUCGGAAAUUUGAGCCCUCGAGUUUCCGAGGCAGAUCUCGAAGAUGAGUUUCGCGUUUUCGGAGUUAUAAGAAGUGUAUGGGUGGCUCGGAGACCACCAGGCUAUGCUUUUGUUGACUUUGAUGACAGUAGAGAUGCAGAGGAUGCAAUCCGUGAAAUAGAUGGUAAGAAUGGAUGGAGAGUUGAGCUUUCACACAACUCUAGAGGUGGUGGUGGUGGUGGUCGUGGAGGGGGUCGUGGCCGUUCUGGCGGUUCUGAUUUGAAGUGCUAUGAGUGUGGUGAGCCUGGUCAUUUUGCUCGUGAAUGUCGUCUGCGGGGUGGUUCUGGAAGACGUCGUAGCCGCAGUCCCCCUCGAUACCGUAGAAGCCCUAGUUAUGGUCGCAGGAGCUACAGUCCUCGUGGGCGGUCCCCUAGACGUCGCAGUUUGACACCACGUGGGAACAGCCGUAGCAGGUCCCCACCAUACCGUGGACGAGAGGAGUUGCCGUAUGCCAAUGGUAAUGGUCUGAAGGAUCGUCGCCGAAGCAGGAGUUGAGGAGUGCUUAAAUGGCUGUCUGGCUUUGUUUAGAGGAUGUACUGGCAUUAAGUCUUGUUAUGUGUGCUUGGACUUCAGCACAACUGUGUUUAAAUUGGGGGACGCCCUCAGCCUCUACUCUCUCUGAUUUGGUUAAGUUCCUUCCUUUCUUAACUUUAGCUGGUUUUAUUUUCUAUGCAAAAUAGGUGUAGGCUUGAGGAUAUUAUUAUUAAAGGUAAAAGUGAUAAACAUCAUAUCUUUGUUUAAGAGUGUUUCUGAGAAUGGUGCUAAAGAUCUAUGCUUUUUCUUUCUUUUGUGUUGAGGUGUCGUCUGGUUCUGCUUCAUUGGUUUUGUUCUUCUGCACUCCCUUGGCCCCUGGGAUUUGUGCUCCUCUUCUGGGAUCUUCAAUUUUGAAUGGUUGUGGGUCCCAGCCGGCUAUCUGUAUAGAGCUUCAAUUUUGUGCUUCUGUACUCGUCCCUGGGAUUUCUUCACUGCCCUGCUAUGGGGUCUGCAAUUUUGAAUGGUUGUGGGUCCCAGCCUGCUAUCUGCAGAGCUGCUUCUAAUUUCAUUGAACUUCGUCAGUAGCGAUGCGCCUCCCUCAAACGACUAUAGUGGCAUUUGUUUAAUUUUAACUUAGAAGAAUUGAGGAGGAGCUUCGUGUGCGUCAAAUAUUUCUGCAGGUACUCACAUCUGUUCUACAGAAGUUGGGUUGUAGAGUUUAUUUAGAUUUGGCUUAUAAUGGAACUCUAAUAUAUACAGGAGGCCACUUUUAAUAGAUUUUGCCAGUGGGAAUCGUUUCUUAGCCCCAUUAUCCCAUACCCUUUGCCUUGGUCGUCAACAAUGAAAUUUUAACCCCUUCUUUUCUGA